ACUCCUGAAGAAUACACACCAAAAGAAGGAACACAGAAUCUGCCGACUAGACGUCUCACGAUCCACAAUGGCAACUGGGACUAUACAGCAAAUUGAGAUGCUGGAUUACAUAAAUGAGCAACCAAGACCUGGACAGGAAAGGAGCAGGGAUACAAAUCAAACAGCUUUCCUGUGUCUCUCUGUCUCUCGCUCACUGUCACUGUAAUAAAGGCAAACUGACCAAAUAAAUAACUAAAACAAAAAAAAAAAAAACAUCCACUUACAAUGUAUUUACUGUAUAAUACCCACUCAUAGCAGCACAGUGGUUAUGGUUACAGAGUCAGAAGUUAAGAUACACUUAAGAUACAGGUUGAGGUCUUUCGAAACCUCAUUUUUAACCACUCCACAGAUUUCAUGUUAUCAAACCAUAGUUUUGGAAAGUCGGUAAGAGCAUCCAUUUUUGUGCAUGACAUAAGUAAUUUUUUUCAACAAUUGUUUACAGACAGAUUGUUUUUCUUUUAAUUCACUAUAUCCCAAUUCCAGUGGGUCAGAAGUUUACUUGCACCGGGUUCACUGUACCUUGAAACUUCCUGCAAAUGAUGUCAGGGCUUUAAAAGCUUAAUAAUCUGAGUUAACUGGGGUUGUACCUACCUGUCAAAGUAUUUUAAGGCCUACCUUCAAACUCAAGUGCCUCUUUGAUUGACAUCAUGAGAAAAUCAAGAGAAGUCAGCCAAGAUGUCAGAAAAAAUUGUGGACCUCCACAAGUUUGGUUCAUCCUUAGGAGAAUAUUCCAAAGUCCUGAAGGAUCCAUGUUCAUCUGUACAAACAACAGUACGCAGUAUGCCAUUCGUUGUGAAAAUUGCAAAGAGCAAUGAACCUUGUGAAGAUGCUGGAGGAAUCAGAAAGACGACUCACUCAGCUGCUUUUCCUCAGCUUUGGUGUGCUGUGUGUCAUACAAGCCAUUCUCAAUAUUUCUUUACGCCUUGCUCUGUACUCGGGCAAGGAAUCAUCUCCCUUGGACUGCAACACAACUCAUAUUAGUGACCAAAAGAAAGAGGUGGAAAUGAACUGUGAGCGAAAGAGGCCUGGUUAUCAUUGCAACAGACUACAAGAAAGAUUCAAUGCCUUGACCAGAGACAGAGACAUGCUGGAAAACAGAAACAAUGAACUCAACAACGAGAAAAAGGAUUUGGAGGAAGAGAGGGACAGACUGAAAAUGAUGCUGAGGGGUCUGAAUAAAUCAAGUCUGCGGAUCUUAACUUCUGGGCAGAGUGACGGUGCGUCCUCUCAAAAGUGUCCUGCAGACUGGAGGGAGAUCAACUCCAGAUGUUACUUCCUCUCCAGUGAGCAGAAGACAUGGGGGGAAAGCAGAAAAUACUGUCAGAGAAAUGGAUCUGACCUGGUGGUGAUCGACAGUGAACAGGAACAGGCUGCAUUGUACCGUCUGGAUGGGAAUACUGACCUCUUGUUCUGGAUUGGUCUGUAUAACACCAAUGGGAUCUUUAAAUGGGUGGAUGGAUCUGCACUGACUAAAUCAUUUUGGCAGGAUGGUCAGCCGGGUGACGGUGGUCCCAACAGAGAGGACUGUGUGGAGAUGUAUCACUUCAACCCAUUGAAGGCCAACUGGAAUGAUGCCCCCUGUGGACAAAAGCGGCGCUGGUUGUGUGAGACAGAUCAGAAUACCAGUUCAUAGUGUUAGCUGAGGAACAUAUGUGUCUGUUCAUGUAAAAUAAUGUGCUUUUGAAGUUCACGUUUAAAAAAACCCUCUGAAUUAAAGCUGAUUUUAAGCAAUGAUACACCAUAGCAUCUACAAAACUGAAACAUGGAGAAAUAAAAUAAGCAAAUCUGAUUUGAGAAUAAAACACAAUGAAUUUAAUAAAUGUGAACAAACUUUCAGCUACUUUUUGCAACUUGGUGAUUGGCUUGGCAUUGUUAGUGAUAGUUAGCAUAGCAUAUAAAUUCAUAGAAAUAGAAUAUCAAUCAAGAAUCAAUAGUGCAGACUAAUAUAAACAUUGGUUGUCAUAUUUCAUGCAUGUACUUUAAAGUUAUUGCUUGUAGUGUAUUUCUCUGGGGAGGUUAAUAUGUUAUGAAUAUAUUCUAUAUUAUGUUAUGUGUAAUAUGUGUAUGUAAUAUUUUGUCAGCUGCACACACACACACACACACACACACACACACACACACACACACACACACACACGUAUAUAUGUAUGUAUGUAUGUAUGUGUGUAUAUACAUAUAUAUGUAUGUAUAUAUAUAUAUAUACACACACACACACACACACACACACGUAUAUAUAUUCUUACAUAUAUAUAUAUAUAUAUGCAGCUUGCUGACCUGGUGAUCCUCCAACAGGGGACAGGGUUGCUCUAGGGAUGGCAGUGACAGUCAGUCGUUCCCCCAUGGUCAUGGAUGACAUUGCUCAUCAGCUAUAUUUAUAUAUGACAUAACUCAACAGCUAUAUUUAGAUAUUUUGACGGUAGUAUUUUUGCUCCAAGCACUGCUAUAUGCCUGUGAAUGAGGGAGAAUGUCAAAGUGGAUGUGUAAUUUUAUUCUUUCCUAUUUACAUUCUGCUUUCUGCAGUGAAUAGACAGUAUUUUUGUCCUCAUGGUUGUUUUUAUGUAGGCAUAAUCCUUUCAAGUUUAACUACUGCGAUUUAAUGUAAUUGGCGUAGAUUAUUAAUUUGCCCUCUCUGUAACAUGUCUGCACAAUGAAAGAACUGCACAGAGCAAAAACAGGUAACUGUCUUGUCAGGAAUACUAAGGUUAGUUACAAAGCAUGCAACAAUGGCUAGAGCCAUUAUUAUCAGCAGAUCCAGUGUGUGAGCACGACUGUAAACUGAAUAAAAUCACCUGAGAGCAGUACAUUAGAAAACAUUCGAGAUUGUAAUAUAAGUGUAUUAGAGAUUAUGCAACCAUAACAUUUUGUUCUAUCACAUUACAUCAUUAAACUACAAAUUAAACUAGGAAACGCUCUAUAUUUCUACAUGUGAUUGAAGGCCAGUGUGUCUCCUUUUUAUUAAUGCAUGUAGUUUUUAGUACGGAUAUUUCCACCUUUGACAAGUUGUGUCAUGCCAUGUCCAUCAAAACACAUGACAAAUGCAUUAUGAGCUGAGAAAUCAAUAAAAUUG